UAAACAAGGUCCAACUUGAAGGAUCUGAACCCUAAACUUCAGAUUAAGCGUCCAUCCUCUCUUCUCCGCUCCAUUUCACAGAAACCGGAGCUCGACGGUGAACAAGUUUCGGCUAAGGGUCUUUUAUCUCUGCUUUUCCGGCUACAGUUUGAAGCGAGUUGCACAAUGCCGUCUCUCCAAACAGCAUUGCCUCCUGAACUAGCCAACAAUGCUAUCCGACUUUAUCGUGAGUGUCUCCGACGAGCAAAAUAUAUUGGCAGUAAGCAACAUAAUACAGAGCUUCUUGUUGGUAUGGUAAGACAGCAGUUCAAAAAGCAUAUGCACGAGACUGAUCCGGAUAGAAUUCAGAAAUUGAAGGAUGAUGCUGCGAGGGGGCUCAUAAACCACAUGUUGCAUGAAUCUGAGAAGAUGACUGGCCGGAAAUUCAGCCAGAGUUCUUGAACUUGCCUGUUCCAAGCAAUUGGCUUUUAGGACCAGACUGAAAGUUUGUUAUUAGCAUGAUGUUUUAUUAGCAUAAUUAAUACAGACCAUACAGCCAUGCUAAAAAUUUUACAAGAAGUUGAGCUUGUGAUGAGGCUCACGGGAAUCUGAAGAACGUGGCAUCAUUUCUGAUUAUCAUGCGAAUACAUUUUUCCAUAUUCUUGAUUGAUUAGAGCCCUGGAAUAAUUAAAACAUAUUCCCUCUGUAGUAAACUUGUCACCUUUCAGUUUGAGGUUCGAUUUUUUCAUUCUGUUUUUCCCCCCACCUUUGAGGGUCAACUUUCCUACAGCUUGGCCAGGAAUAUUGAGAAGUAUUUAUGGUACUUUUGAGAUGAAAAUGCCUUAAUCUUUUAA